CACGAUUUUUUUAAUUACUGACCGCCAAGAAUUGGACCGACAACUUUACGGAUUUUUUACGGAUUUUCCCUCUCUACUAAAUUCUGAAAACAUUAUUCCAGUUUCUACUGUUCGUGAGUUAGCAGUUGUUUUACGAAAACCCAAUCAGGGCAAAAUUAUCUUCAUUAUUCUUCAUAAGUUUCGCCCCCAAAAGUUCCAGGAUUGGUUAGAUAAAAAUGAGAAAGAGUUUAAGAAUUCUCAUGGUGUUUUUGUUUUCGUUGAUGAGGCCCAUCGCUCACAAAAUUUGAAAAUUCAGCCCGAGAAGCCCGAAAAAUCUACCUACGCUGAAUUUGGUCCUUCUCUUGAACCUCUCCAUAGUUAUUCUGCCAAAGAAGCUCGAGAGGACCAAGUAAUUGUUAACAACAUAUACUACGAACCCUACCGCCUUCGUCCUGCUAAUGAUUUAAAACAAAUGGUCGUUAAAAUAAAAGAGGACUAUGAAGAAUUAAGCAAAAAAAUUCCCAAUCCUAAGUUCCUAGUCACUUUAAGUAGCCAGAAAGAGGCUAAGAAAUUUUGCGAGUUAUUUUGUCAAGAAGAGAAAUACCAAAAAGUUGUUUGUCUAAUAAUUUCAGAAUCUCCAAAAAGUAAAGAAAAGACUCGUGAAUUUAAAAACAAUGAUUUGCCUAAUAUAGCUAUCGUGGUUAGGAUGUUGACUACCGGCUUUGACUUGCCGGUUCUCCCGAUAAACAAAAAAGUUGGACACAUUAUUGACUUUGCCGAUAAUAACUCAGUUUUAGAAGAAGCUAAAAAAAAAUACUUCGGAAGUGAGAAUUUACUCUUAACUUCUCCCGCCGAAGCGAUUGCUUCCUGCUUGGCAGAACUACGACAAAUACUAAAUAAUGCUGCAAAUCUCAGUUUUGAGGCUGCAAUUGGCUAUUUAUUAAAAAACAAAAAAGAGAAAGAAUUUACUCACUUAGUCAGAAAAAUUGAAGAAAUAAUUAUUUCUCCCCAACAAAUUGCGGAUGAUGACCAAGAAUUUUUUACUAAUUGCCAAAAGAUUUCUGUUUCUCUUGCCCAAUUUUCUGACCCGCCGCCUCCCACUUCUUCUCCACGAUUGCGAGUUUUGCCGGUCAGCGAAGAUGAUUGA